AUGUUAAAGGCAAUAGUUCCACGAUUAUCUGUUGCUGGUGAUAGCAUUGCAUCACUACGGCGGUUUGCUACCACCAGUCCGCGCCGGUUGGCCCCACCCGAUCAACUAUCAUUCCCAUGCCUUGAUAGAAAUCAGCAAAAGACCCAAUCACUAAUGGGUCAAGGCCCUGAGCCAAUAUAUUCUCAGGUUCAGUCUGGCUUUCAAUUAUACCAUUCCAAAUCCCCUCUAUUUCUUGAUUACGGUGGUCAUAUCCCAGAAUUCACUCUUGCAUACGAAUCAUGGGGUAAGCUAAAUAAAGACCGCUCUAAUGCCCUAUUGCUCCAUACUGGUCUUUCAGCAUCAUCACAUGCUCAUUCUCAUGAAGCCAAUUCGAAGCAAGGCUGGUGGGAACAAUUCAUUGGUCCUGGCAAACCGUUGGACACUAAUAAGUACUUUAUAAUCUGUACCAAUGUUCUUGGUGGCUGUUAUGGCUCUACUGGACCUUCGUCUGUACAUCCUGCUGAUAAUCAGCGAUAUGCCACAAGAUUUCCAAUCAUUUCGGUGAGUGAUAUGGUUAGAGCACAACAUCGUCUUAUUACCGAGCAUCUUAAAAUAUCGAAACUUUAUGCCUCGGUUGGCAGUUCAUUAGGCGGUAUGCAGAGUUUUGCUUAUCUUCUGGAGUUCCCAGAAACCGUGGAGAAAGUUGUUUCGAUUUCUGCUUGUACGAGAUCUCAUCCUGCAUCAAUUGCCAUGAGAUUCUCUCAGCGUCAAAUUGUGAUGCACGAUCCUAAUUGGGCUUCAAAAAGGGGCAAUUAUUAUGAUCUGAUUCCUCCUCACACAGGAAUGAAACUUGCAAGAUCAGUUGCCACUAUCACUUACCGUUCAGGACCUGAAUGGGAACUGCGUUUUGCCAGAGCAAGAUUGCAGGAGCAUUAUAGGCCAGCACUUUGCCCUGAUUUUCUUGUGGAGACAUACUUAGAUCACCAAGGUGAUAAAUUUUCGCUAGAAUUUGAUCCAAAUUCGUUCUUGUAUGUUCUGAAGGCAAUGGAUCUCUUUGACUUGGGUUAUAUCAAUCGUUCUAGGGCCGCUAGAGCCAGGGCACAAGCCGAAGAAGCUUACAAUACAGAAAGACCAAUAUCUAAUGCCAUGGCAGAAUUCAAGACUAUGGAUGGAGUUUCUGAGUGUUUGAGCAUUCCAAAAGCUAACGAGAAAAACCCUUAUGCAAAUGCCACUCUUUAUACUCUGCACUCUCAUGAAUCAAGUCUUGAAGAUUUGAGAAAAGGCCUUUCUCACUUGAGAAAUAAAAAGGUGCUCGUUAUUGGGGUGAAAUCUGAUAUUCUUUUUCCUGUAUGGCAACAAAGAGAGGCUUAUGAAAUGUUUAAAGAUGUGGAAGCUGAAGUAAAAUAUGAAGAAUUAGGAGAAGAUAUUAGCAUGUUCGGUCAUGAUACCUUUUUGCUUGAUGUCGAGCACAUUGGGCUGCCAAUUAGCAAAUUCUUGGGAUAA